AUGAGCCAAUCUUUCAAUUUCGCCAUUCCUGUUACUGUGAUUGAUCCUGCUGAUAUUGAGGGGCUUGAAGCUGCUGUGAAUAAGUACCAAGUUUCUCUGUUCUUCACUGAGUCACCAACAAACCCAUUCCUUAAGUGUGUAGACAUUGAGCUGGCGUUUGAUAAACAAAAUGGAGUGUACCUAAUGAUUCGAGGCAUGAAGACAAUGCAUCUUCGUGUGAGUCAUGUAUACUAUCCAGGCCUUGCAAGUCAUCCCGAGCAUCACGUCGCCAAGCGACAAAUGACUGUUAUCAUAACAUUUGCAAAGUGUACUAUUAGUUUGUGUGAGUAUCGGAAGCAAUGGGUUAGAGAAGAGGACUUGGCUAAAGAGUUGAAGUUGCACGCCAAACAACAUAGAAAAAUAAAACGACACUCUGAAGAACAAAACUUGAUCAUGCUUGACCACAGGAAAGAGACUUCAAAAGGUGCAAAGAUGUAA